AUGCAUAACAGAAAUAAAACAAGCAAAGGAUAAUCAUAACCUUUAAUAUAAUUAACUAUUGAUUUAGGAAAUCAUAAAUGUGAUAGGAUCACUCUCUAUAGAGAUACAGAUCCCUUUUUAGAAGCCAAACAAUUUGUUUCAAGAAAUCAUCUUUCAUAAUAAAUGGUUUAAGUGAUAUCUAAUAGUAUUAUAAAACAAAUGAAAGCUUAUGAUGAAAUUAUGAUGAUAACGUAUGUAAUUUAAUCAAUAAUUUAAGGACACAUAAACAGAAACAGAUUAUUUGCAUAAUUUAAAAUAAUAUCAUAAUGAAUUAUAACCUAAUUAAAGAACUCAAAGUCCUAAAAGAUUUCAUCCUAGUCCUAAAUAAAUCCAUCAACAAAAUCUAUCUAAAAGUCCAUCAAAUAUAUCUUUACAUGAUGAAUUACCUACUGAUAAAGUUGUUGUGAAGAAACUAUUCUAAAUUUUAGAUUCUGAUUAAGAUGGAUUAAUAUCUGCCAAUAAAGUUAAUUAUAAUAAAUUACCAAUCUAGUUAAAAAAUAGAGUACAUUAUCAAUAUAAUAUAGAUUACUAUUUAUUUGGAAUAAUCUUUAAUUCCUUAUGAAUUUGAAGAGUUAUAUGAAAAAUUAAAAAGCGAUUCAAAAGAAGAAUACUUUAUUACUUUAAAAUUGAUAAGUUAAAUUUUAGAUAUUCCAAAAAUUAAAGUACUAAUUUGA